GCUUCCACAUCAAAAACCACUGAAUCCUUUACUACAAAGGAUUAUCACCAACAAACAACCACAUCCUUUGCUGGGGGGUCCACAUUCUACCCCCCCUCAGAGCUGUCCACACCAACAUUUUCAACAACUCACACCUCCUACAGCACAGAUAAUGCAAGUCCUGCCUCCGAAUCCAGCAUCAGUGAGCUCUCUACCCUCACUGUGGUCACUGAACGAACAGACCCAACUCUCACAGGUGACACAACCGUCCACACCUCUGUGUCAGAUUCAUCUGAGACCACAGUAUCACCUGAGGUUUCUCAUGUCACAGGCGCUGGGAGUGCUGUAGCUCCAUGGAGUCCUGGAGAGGCAUCCAUCAGCCCAGCUGUCUCAGGACCAACCGCCACUGGCGUCACCCAGAUAUCCACAGACCACAGCACCAUCUCUGAUUCCUCUAAACCCACGGACUCAUCUGUAACCACCUUUACCAGAGAAUAUGGAAGUCCUGAGCCCACCUCAAAUCCCAGUGAUGCCUUUUCUACUUCCAGUAGUUUUGGCCAAACCACCAUGUUCUUUCCAGUGGCUUCCACAGUCUCCUCGACCCUCUCUGAUUCAUCAAAUCCUACAUUUUCACCAGACACCCCCCAUACCACUGACAAGGAAAGUCCUUCAUCCUCUCUGGGUCCAGGUCCAUCACCCACCAGCACUCAGGUCUCUGGACAAACAGCCACACCUUUCACUAAAGAGACAGCUGCCUACACACACAUUUCAGAUUUAUCAACAACACCGGCUUCUGGUGAAACGUCCUACACCCAGGAUGAUGAAGGGACCACGUCCCGUUCGACUCCUGGCCUGCUGUCUUCCAACCCUGGGAUUUCAGGACAGACAAACACAGGCCUGACCGAGGGGCCUUCUGUCUAUACAGACACACCUAAUGGGUCCAAACCUACCAGUACCUCGGACAGCACAGUUACCAAGGAGGAUGGAAGUUCUGCUUCCACAUCUGGGCCUGCUGAAUCAUUUACCACUUCUGGUGUUGAUCCACACACAGGCACAACUUUACCUCCAAGAUCCCCUCCUUACAGCACCACCUCAGAGGUGUCUGCACCCACAGUUUCGACUCACUUUUCCUACGGCAUGGAUGAGGCAAGUGCUACUUCUCAGUCAAGUCCUAGUGAUUUAUUUACCACCAGUGUGCUCUCUGAACAAUCAGCCAGGACUCUCACAGAGAAGCCAACUGUCCACACCAUUUCUGAUUCAUCUGAAUCAACAGCUUCUUCCUACAGCCUCAGAACCCCAGACCUUGGUAGUUCUGCAGCACCCUCGAGUCCUGGAGAAUUCUCUUCCAGCCCAGUUGGCUCACGACUGACUGCAUCUACAGUCACCCAGCCACCCACAGAGCACAGCACCGUGUCUGAUUCUUCUCAACUUCCGGACUCAUCAGCAACCACUUAUACCAAGGAUGAAGAAAGUCGUGUGUCUACAUCAGGUCCCACUGAAUCUUUAACCACAGGGUCUUCCUAUAGUACAGGUUCUUCAACUCCGUCAGACCAUGAAGGAUUUCCCACCGCUUCCCUGACCACUGAACACAGCGCUACAACUUUUACUGGAUUGCCCUCUGUCUUUACAACUACGCCUGAUUUGUCUGAAACGGCCGUUUCAUCUGACACCUUCUAUACCAGGGAUGAUGGAAGUGCAAUGUCCCCUUCCAAUUCUGGCCAUCUGUCUAGCACCCUCUCUGCCUCAGCACACAAAACCACAGGCCUCGUGAAAGGAUCCAGCAUGGUUACAGGUACCACUCAUUCGUCAGAACCUACAGUUAUCUCAGAAAGCACUGUUACCAAAGAGGAUGGGCUUUCUGCUUCCACAUCAAAAACCACUGAAUCCUUUACUACAAAGGAUUAUCACCAACAAACAACCACAUCCUUUGCUGGGGGAUCCACUUUCUACCCUCCCUCAGAGCUGUCCACACCAACAUUUUCAACAACUCACACCUCCUACAGCACAGAUAAUGCAAGUCCUGCCUCCGAAUCCAGCAUCAGUGAGCUCUCUACCCUCACUGUGGUCACUGAACGAACAGACCCAACUCUCACAGGUGACACAACCGUCCACACCUCUGUGUCAGAUUCAUCUGAGACCACAGUAUCACCUGAGGUUUCUCAUGUCACAGGCGCUGGGAGUGCUGUAGCUCCAUGGAGUCCUGGAGAGGCAUCCAUCAGCCCAGCUGUCUCAGGACCAACCGCCACUGGCGUCACCCAGAUAUCCACAGACCACAGCACCAUCUCUGAUUCCUCUAAACCCACGGACUCAUCUGUAACCACCUUUACCAGAGAAUAUGGAAGUCCUGAGCCCACCUCAAAUCCCAGUGAUGCCUUUUCUACUUCCAGUAGUUUUGGCCAAACCACCAUGUUCUUUCCAGUGGCUUCCACAGUCUCCUCGACCCUCUCUGAUUCAUCAAAUCCUACAUUUUCACCAGACACCCCCCAUACCACUGACAAGGAAAGUCCUUCAUCCUCUCUGGGUCCAGGUCCAUCACCCACCAGCACUCAGGUCUCUGGACAAACAGCCACACCUUUCACUAAAGAGACAGCUGCCUACACACACAUUUCAGAUUUAUCAACAACACCGGCUUCUGGUGAAACGUCCUACACCCAGGAUGAUGAAGGGACCACGUCCCGUUCGACUCCUGGCCUGCUGUCUUCCAACCCUGGGAUUUCAGGACAGACAAACACAGGCCUGACCGAGGGGCCUUCUGUCUAUACAGACACACCUAAUGGGUCCAAACCUACCAGUACCUCGGACAGCACAGUUACCAAGGAGGAUGGAAGUUCUGCUUCCACAUCUGGGCCUGCUGAAUCAUUUACCACUUCUGGUGUUGAUCCACACACAGGCACAACUUUACCUCCAAGAUCCCCUCCUUACAGCACCACCUCAGAGGUGUCUGCACCCACAGUUUCGACUCACUUUUCCUACGGCAUGGAUGAGGCAAGUGCUACUUCUCAGUCAAGUCCUAGUGAUUUAUUUACCACCAGUGUGCUCUCUGAACAAUCAGCCAGGACUCUCACAGAGAAGCCAACUGUCCACACCAUUUCUGAUUCAUCUGAAUCAACAGCUUCUUCCUACAGCCUCAGAACCCCAGACCUUGGUAGUUCUGCAGCACCCUCGAGUCCUGGAGAAUUCUCUUCCAGCCCAGUUGGCUCACGACUGACUGCAUCUACAGUCACCCAGCCACCCACAGAGCACAGCACCGUGUCUGAUUCUUCUCAACUUCCGGACUCAUCAGCAACCACUUAUACCAAGGAUGAUGAAAGUCGUGUGUCUACAUCAGGUCCCACUGAAUCUUUAACCACAUCUCCUGGUUCUGGACCAUCAGCCUCACCCACAGCUAUGGAGUCUACUUUCUCCACAAGCAUCUCAGAGUCGUCAAAAUACACAGUGUCUUCCUAUAGUACAGAUUCUUCAACUCCAUCAGACCAUGAAGGAUUUCCCACCGCUUCCCUGACCACUGGACACAGAGCUACAACUUUUACUGGAUUGCCCUCUGUCUUUACAACUACGCCUGAUUUGUCCAAAAUGACCAUUUCUUCUGAAACAUCUUACACCAGUGGUGAUGGAAGUGCUGUGUCCCCUUCCAGUCCUGCCCAGCCUUCUAGCAUACUCUCUGCUUCAGCACAGACAACCACAGGCCUCAUGGAGGGAUCCAGCAUGUAUACAGGCACCCCUCAUUCAUCAAAAUCUACAGUUAUCUCAGAUAGCACUGUUAGCAAGGAGGAUGGACUUUCUGCUUCCACAUCAAGAACUGCUGAAUCCUUUACUACAAAUGCUGAUCAUGGACAAAUAACAACAUCCUUUGUUAUGGGGUCUGCUUUCUCCACCUCCCCCUCAGAGCUAUCCGCAACAAUAGUUUCCACCCACUCUUCCUAUCUCACAGAUUCCAUUAUACCCACAGAUCCAUUAACAACCAUAUUUACCAAGGAUGAUGGAAGUACUAGAUCAACACUGAGCUCUAGUGAAUUGUUUACCAGUUCUCAAAGUGAUGUACAAACAACAGUGUCUUUUACUAUGGAAUCUGCCGUCUCCACAACUGUCUCCAAUAUGUCACAUCCUACCGUUUCCCUCAGUACCUUCUUGACUACUGGCAAGGGAAGUUCUUCAUCUCCUUUUGGUCCUAGUGUAUCCUCUACAUCCAGUCAGUCAUCUGGACCAACAGCCACAACAGUCUCCUUUACAGAAGAGAGAACUCUCUACACAAACAUUACUGAUAUGUCCACACCAACCAUUUCCUCCGAGACUACCUCUGUCCACGAUGAAGGAAGUUCUACAUCCUCCUCAAGUUCUAACAUAUCGUCUACCACCCCCACUGUCUCAGCUGAGACAACCACAGGCAUCACAGUGAAAUCCACUCUCUCUACAGGCACCCCCAAUUUAUCCAAAUCUACAGAUACUUUGGAGACUGUUGUUACCAAAGACAAUGGUAUUUCUUUUUCCUCAUUAAAUGUCAUUGAAUCCUCUACGACUUCUGGUGGUGAUGCACACUCAAGCACAUCUUUUCCUCAAGGAUCCACCUUCUAUACAAUCACCUCAGAGCUGCCCACACCAUUAUUUUCUACCCAUCAUUCUUACAGCACAGACAAUGCAAGUCCUGCUUCUCCAUCAAUCCCCAGUGAACUCUCUACUCCCACUUGGAUCUCUGAACAAAGUACUACAACUCUCACAGAGGAGCCAACAAUCCAUGCCACCAUUUCAGAAUCAUCUGAAUCAACAGUUUCUUUCUACAGCCCCCAUCCCACAGGCACUAGGAGUUCUGCUACCCCAUGGAGCCUUGGAGAGGCAUCUACUAAUCCAGCUGUCUCAGGAACAACUGCCAGUACGGUCCCCUUGAAAUCCACAGGGCAUAGCACAAUCUUUGAUUUUUCUCAACCCACAGACCCAUCUGCAACCACUUUCAGCAAAGAGGAUAGAAGUUCUAUGUCCACAUCUAUCCCCGGCAAAUCUUUUACCACCUCUGGUGGUGAUGGACAAACAACUUUUCCUCCAGGAUCCACAUUCUAUACAAUAACCUCAAAGGUGUUGACACCAACAUUUUCUUCCCACUCUUCCUAUAGCACAGACAAAGCAAGUUCUGCUUCCCCAUCAAGCCCCAGUGACCUCUCUAACCAGACUGUACUCUCUGAACAAACCACCAUGACUCUUACAGAGGAGUCAACUGUCUACACCAGUGCUUCUGAUUUGUCCCAAUCUACUGUUUCCUCUGAAACCUCUUUUACCAGAUUUGAAGGAAGUUCCUCUUCAGGUCCUGGCCAGCUCUCUACCACCUCUGGUGUCUCACAAGAGACAUCCUCAAGCCUAAGUGAUGGGUCUACUGUCUAUACAGACACCCCUGAUUUGUCCAAAACUACAGUAACCUCAGACACCACCCUUUCUAAAGAGAACAUAAGUUCUGCUGCUACUUCAAAUUCAGGCGAAACUUUUCUCACUACAGGUGGAUAUCAAGAAACACCCACAUCCUUUACUAUGGAAUCAACUGUCUCCACAAUCCUCUCAGAUUUAUCAAAUCCAACAGUUCCACAUGGUACCGUCAAUACUACUGAGAAUGCAAGUUCUUCUUCCCCAUCUGGUCCUGGUGAAUUAAUUUCCAGUACUCUAGUCUCUGGGCAAACACCCACAUCCCUUCCUGAAGCAUCCACUGUCCACACAACCAUGACUGAUUUGUCUUACUCCACUGGUUCAGUGGUUACCUCCUCCACCAAUGUCAAUGGAAGUUUUACUUCCACAUCAAGCCCCGGUGAAUUAUCCACUACCACCUUGGUCUCUGGACAAACAACCACACUUUUCACAGAAAAGCCAACCAUCUACACCAUUUCUGAUUUGUUCAGUUCUACAGUUUCUGUUGACACCUCCUCUACCACUCCUAGUGGGGGUCCUGCACCCUCAUCAGGUUCUGGCUUGUUGUCCUCCACUACCAUCACAACCAUCACUGAGGAAUCGAGUGUCUUCACCACUACCACUUAUUCCUCUAAUACAAUGGAUUCAUCUGAUGCCCCCAAUACCACUGAAGACCUUAGUGCAUUAUCUUCAUCAAGGCCCAUCCAUUCCUUUUCACCCCCAGUCUCUGGACAAAUGCUCACCACUUUGGGUGAGAAUUUCACUCUUUUCAUCACCAGCAGUGAUUCUGCCAAACCAACGAUUUCUACUUCAAUCCCCUCUUCCACAGACAGCCCUAGUCCUGCAUCCCCAUCAGCUCUCACUUUCUCUUCUACAACUAGAGACAUCUCCAGACCAACAGCCACCACCCUCAGAGGAGGAUCUACUAUUUUCCAAAGCAGCACAGGGUCACCAAACACAACAAUAUCAUCUGACAGCUCCCAAACCACUACCUCUCAUGCUUCUUCUUUAGCCUCAGCUCUUCCUAGCUUGUCCUCAAGGCCAGUCUCUGACUCUUCCUCAGCCGUUACAGCUUCCUCUGGUUUUUCUCCUCCUCUGUCCUCCACUUCACAUGGCUCUACCUAUGCUCCAGUCCUUGGGUUCAGUACGUCUUCAACUCUCCAUCCCCUGUUCACUAGCAACCAUACAACUGUGAUGACGACCCAGUCUUCAGCUAUGACACCAAGUAAGUCUUUUUGUAUGUCACUCUGUGAACCUCUCCUGUCCAUCUUCUCUCAUCAACUAAUCAGUUUUGACCUCGUUGUGUACAAUGCCUAA